AUGGUAUACGAAUUUGUCAAGGCCUCUUUUUGGGGCCGCGUGAUCUACCACCUCUCCGGUAGAACCAUGUUCAACUACGAAGAGGAGCAGGAGGGCUACAUAUUACCAGACAAAUAUAGAGGCGUCGGCGAGGCUUUCUUGGAGGGCUCCGAUCCUUCGCUGGAGCUGUCCAGCAAUAAGUCAUCGGACACCAGUCCAAACGGCCUGGACUCGGAAAAGGAGAAAAGCAUCGACGAUGGGUAUAUUCUCGUGGAAUUCGAUGGUGAAGAUGAUCCUUUGGAUCCUAAAAAUUGGUCCAUGGGCUACAAGAUCUUGUUCAUCAUUCAGCUCCAACUUUUAACUGCAUUCGUGUACAUGGCCUCUGCCAUUUACACCCCUGGUAUCGAGCAAAUCCAAAAAGAGAUGGGAAUCGGUCAUGUGCUCGCUACCCUUCCUUUGACUCUUUUUGUGUUUGGUUAUGCCAUUGGUCCUAUGGUGUUCAGUCCGUUGUCUGAGGACGCCCGUUACGGAAGAACCACCAUCUACAUCGUGACAUUGUUCAUCUUCUUCAUUUUGCAGAUUCCUACGGCUUUGGUCAAUGACAUUGCUUCGUUGUGUGUUUUGCGUUUCAUCGCUGGUUUCUUUGCCAGUCCUUGUUUGGCUACCGGUGGUGCUAGUUUUGGCGACAUCACUAGAUUGCCCUGGAUGCCUGUCACCAUUUCCCUCUGGGGUAUUGCUGCUGUUUGUGCUCCCUCGCUUGGUCCUUUGAUCGGUGCCGCUAUGAUUGAGGCAAAGAACUAUCACUGGACUUUCUGGUUCGUCUGCUUUUCCUCUGGUGCCUCUUUGGUGUUCUUGAGUUGGUUUCUUCCAGAGACAUACGCUAAGACCAUCUUGUAUCGUAAGGCAGAGAGAUUGAGAGCUCUCACUGGAAAUGAUAAGAUUGUUAGUCAGGGUCAUUUGGACAACCAGAAUUCUUCUCUUAAAACCUUGUUGUUCGAAACACUCUAUCGUCCAUUCGAGAUUGUUUUGUUCGAACCAGUGGUGUUGAUGAUCAACGUGUACAUUGGUCUUGUUUACUCCGUCAUGUACUUGUGGUUCGAGGCUUUCCCAAUUGUUUUCCUUGAAAUCUAUAAGUUUACUUUGGUUCAAACGGGUGCUGCUUAUAUUGCCUUGGAAAUCGGUAUCUUCGUGGGCGCUACGUUUUUCAUCCCCAUGACUUACAGGGUUUUCACAAAAAAGCUUCUCAACAAUCAACCAGUUUACCCAGAAGUAUUCAUCCCAACCGCCAUAGUUGGUGGUGUUCUCAUGCCCGUCGGAAUGUUUAUCUUUGGAUGGACAUCGACUUCAUCAGUGCACUGGAUCGCACCUAUGAUUGGCACUGCUAUCUUCGCAGCUGGUGCAUUCAUUAUAUUCCAGACCUUGUUCAACUACUUGAGUAUGUCCUUCCCCAGCUAUUUGGCCUCUGUGUUUGCAGGAAAUGCUUUGUUCAGAAGUAUGAUGGCAGGUGCUUUCCCACUUUUUGGCAGAGCCUUGUUUGUCAACUUGCUGACUCCAAAGUAUCCUGUUGCUUGGGGAACAAUGGUUCUCGCGAUUGCUUGUGUCCUCAUGAUUGCCAUCCCUGUUCUUUUCUAUUUGAACGGUCCUAAACUUAGAGCCAGAUCCAAGUACGCUUCGUAA